AUGGGUGUGAUGGCCGUCGGUCUGUUCAUCACGAUUCUCCUCCUUUUCCAUCAAAUUUCUUCGUCGGUUCAACAAAACGACCAAUUGAAUCAAUUCACAUCUCCGAAUGAUCGAGAUGAGAUUCUGUCUCGUGAUCGUCGUACUUUGAAGAAUGAAACCGAACAAGCACUCGUCGAGGCCCGAGGAAAAAUCAGCGGACUCGAGAGGGAAAUCGCAAGACAGCGGAACGAAACGAAGGACAAAGACGUCGAGAUGGCAGGAAAAAUGGCUCAAAUUGAGACGGAUCUAAUGGGGAAAAUCGCCGAGACGAAAAGGAAGAACGACGAUCUCGAAGCACAAUUAAGCGACCCAAAUACGGAAGUGAGAGACAGGAAAGCCAAGAUUGAAGAGCUCGAAAGGAAAAUCAACGCGUUGCAGAGUAAAAACUUGGAUCUCGAAACCAAAAUAAAUCGAACCAUGGAUCUCUUGGAUCUGUAUCGGGAUGGAUGGUCGUAUUUGGCAAAAACCGCUUCCUCGUACAAGGUUAUCGAUCAAAAAAUGACAUUCGAUGAAGCCGAGGCAUAUUGUGCGAGUCGAAAGAGCCAGUUAGUCUCAAUUCACAGUCAGGAAGAGCACGAUUUUGUUUCGAAACUCGCGAAAAAUGUUGAUUCGAUUGCUUAUUUCUGGAUCGGACUGAAGAGAAAUCCAAACAAAGGAAAUGCUUUUGAAUGGACGGAUGGAAGUUCGGUGGAUUUCACGAAUUGGAGAUCGGGAGAGCCGGAUUCGAACACCCACGCUGCGCUUUGGGGCGAUGAUGGGAAAUGGGAUGUCUGGUCUCCUACCGAUCAGCGUCCUUUUAUCUGCGGAAGGAGCUCUCAGUUC